CCCAACCCCACCCCCGCCGCGGCCCAACCGGCCUACCACUCCCGAAAAUUUGGGGCGACGGCGGCAUACUGGGAGCCCCACGCGGCCCCCCCAACAGUCCGCGGCCUCGUCUUCGGGCCGGGUGCUCCAAGCCGGUCCGCCGUGCGUCCCCCGUCGCCUGGCUUCUGCCCUAAAACGAUUCUGCCUUAUAGACUCCUAGAAAACCGGGGGGACCGGCUUCGAAGCAGAGGACCACGAGCCCGGGCUCCGCAGGCUUGCCAACCGGUCCGCGGGAAGUAA